AUGGCUAACAGAGGAGUCUCAAUGGCUUCUUUAAUCACUGCACUUCUAGUAGUGUUCAUUUCUCUAAGUUGGCCAUUCUUUGCUGAGGCAGAUGGUUACUACAGUUACAAGUCACCACCACCUCCAACUCCAGUGUACAAGUAUGCAUCACCUCCACCACCUGUUUACAUAUACAAGUCACCACCACCUCCAACACCGGUAUACAAGUCUCCACCUCCACCUACCCCUGUUUACAAAUAUAAAUCACCACCUCCUCCUACUCCUGUAUACAAGUAUAAAUCCCCACCACCACCCACUCCAGUCUACAAAUAUAAGUCACCACCACCUCCCACACCUGUCUACAAGUACAAAUCACCACCACCACCCACCCCUGUGUACAAAUACAAAUCCCCACCACCUCCUACUCCAGUCUACAAGUACAAGUCACCACCACCACCCACCCCGGUCUACAAGUAUAAGUCACCACCACCACCAACCCCAGUCUACAAAUACAAAUCACCACCACCACCAACCCCAGUGUACAAGUACAAGUCACCACCACCACCAACCCCAUCCCCACCUCCUCCUACCCCAGUUUACAAAUACAAGUCACCACCACCACCCACCCCAGUGUAUAAGUAUAAAUCUCCACCACCACCAACCCCAGUUUACAAGUAUAAGUCGCCACCUCCUCCCACCCCAGUGUACAAGUACAAGUCACCACCACCACCAACCCCAUCCCCUCCUCCUCCUACCCCAGUUUACAAAUACAAGUCACCACCACCACCCACUCCCGUGUACAAGUACAAAUCCCCACCUCCUCCCACUCCAAUAUACAAAUACAAGUCACCACCACCACCACCCCACCUCCUCCAACUCCGGUUUACAAAUACAAAUCUCCACCACCACCCACCCCUGUCUACAAGUACAAGUCUCCUCCCCCUCCUACCCCAGUUUACAAGUACAAGUCACCACCACCAACUCCAGUUUACCUAUACACCUCACCUCCUCCUCCUCAUUACUAAUGAGUUAUUUAUCCCAGGUUUUUCAUUUUUGUUUGGUCCAAAAUAUUCCCGCCAAUAA